UACUGGGAGUGGAUGUUUUGUUAACGAAUAUAUUUAUUGUUUUAAGAUGUAAACAAAUGACGUGUAUGAAAAAACGGUAGACAUGUCGAAAUUUAAUUCUGUUAUUUUGUGUUUAGUGUUGUGUGUUGUGUGUGGUUUGUCAAAAACAUUUAACGAUUUGGUCACAAGUGAACAUGGCAGUGUGCAUUGUAACCACGAGCACCCGAAAGUAGAUGAUGUUAUACGGGGUGUUCAUAUAGAAGCACCGCACAUAGUUAAGAAGAGAAGCAUCGACCAGCCUUUGAGGAUAAGUAUAUAUUAUGACCACUCUGUAUAUAGGUUAGAACCAGAGAAAUUCGACAUGAUAAAUAAUACAAUACUACCGGAAGCGGUAAGAUUCUGGGAAGAUGCGUUAAAAGUAAGAAAGACUGCGGGCCCAAUUAAGCUUAACAGGAAAUGUCCAACACGUCAGGUCUUCAUCAGGAGUGGGAGGUCCCAUUGUAUAGACGCGUGCAGUACAGAAACGAUGUGUGGAGAAGUGAAGGUACCAGAGCGCCAUCUUAAUCCGUGUUACGUGUGUAACAGCACGGGGCAUAACUGCAGGGCUCUGCCCCGCGAGAAGAUCAACUUGGAAGACGAGAUCACAGCAACGGAAAUAUCAGGGAACGCACUCAAUUAUGGCUCCGAAGUGACAGAUAUGGAGACGGAGACACCACCGGUAACAGAUGAAUUCGAUGAGGAACCAAUCGGCGUUGAGAAUACAGAUUUCGUGCUGUACGUCAGCGCGGUGGAAACUGAGAGGUGUAGGCGUGGCUUAACCGUUGCGUACGCGUCGCAUUGUCAACAGGAAUCAGCUUUAGAUCGGCCAGUAGCUGGUCACGCCAACUUCUGUCCCGGUGAAUUGUCAACCAAAUAUCGGGACCUGCCGUCUGUCCUGUCAACUGUCAAACAUGAGAUGUUACACGCGUUGGGAUUCAGCGUGUCACUCUUCGGAUUCUAUCGUGAUGAAAAUGGCGAACCGCUCACAGAACGCAGACCAGACACAGGCAACCCGCCAUUAGACGAAGAACUUCAAAUCCACAGAUGGUCAGACCGCGUUGUCAAAAAUAUAACGCGUAAAAAGUGGAUGAUAAGAGAAGGUUACAUUUCUAGAACGUUCUACAUGAUCGUGACGCCAAGAGUAGUUAAAGAGGUACGUGACCAUUUCAACUGUUCAACGCUUGAGGGAGCUGAGUUAGAAGACCAAGGAGGCGAUGGUACAGCACUUACUCAUUGGGAGAAGAGAGUUUUUGAGAAUGAAGCGAUGACGGGCACACACACACAGAACUCUGUGUUCAGUAGGGUGACGUUCGCAAUGAUGGAAGACACCGGCUGGUACCGCGCCGACUACACGCACGCCGCGCCCCUCGAUUGGGGGAAGGGGUUGGGCUGUAACUUCGCGAUGACGUCAUGCAAACAGUGGCUAAACGCGCAAAGGUUCAGCGCCGAGGAUAAUGUUACUAUCGACGAUACUAAUGGAACUAUGGAAGAGAUACGUAAAAAUCCAACGCCAUUUUGCGAACGCGUGAAAGGCGAUCCACUUCGGACGGAGUGUUCUCCGCGGCGCACCGCCGUCGUCCUAUGUAAUCUCGUCCGACAUGACACUAUAUUGCCAAGGCAAUACCAGCAUUUUGACAGACUGCCAAACGUACCGCCCGGGGACGAAGCACACUACGGUGGUUCAGUGUCAUUGGCUGACUAUUGCCCUUACCUGCAAGAGUUCACUUGGAAACACAAGAGCGUGCUCGUUAGAGGAAGUCGGUGCUCCUACGAGGAGAAUACGCCGAAAUCCGAUGUUAAUUUCGCUUUAGAGAACUACGGACAGCAUUCAAAAUGUUUCGAUCACAGUGAUCGCGUCUGGGAACAGAAAUCAUGCAGACAGAUAAGGGAGUGGCAACACUGGGGUUCAGGCUGCUAUAAAUACAAGUGUGAAAGUGGCCGAAUACAUAUAAUUGUGGGCAAUUACACUUAUACAUGCUAUUUCGCUGGACAAGUCUUGCAAGUGAGGAUCAUACAAAAGGGCUGGUUACAUAGAGGGGGCGUUGUCUGUCCCCCCUGUAGAGAGCUGUGCGCUGAAGAAUUCGCCUCUCGCAAAGAAUAUUGCAAAGGGGGCGAAGAGGCCCCCCCACCGAAUUUAUACCCGAACGACGUGUUAGCGUGUAAAGCGCCUGCAAUAGAAACCACCGCUAGUUUACUCGCAACCGCCAUUUUAUGUACAUUAUCAAACUUGAUGUGACAGAAUGUCAAAUGAGAAAUGUGUUUUGAGUGAAACAGACUGAAAAGAAAUCUAAUAAUAUAAACAAAUAAGGAUCACGUUUUCAUAAUGUUAUAGGUUAUAAAAUGACACUUUAAAACGAUGACACGUGACGUAAAAAUCAUUUUGACAUUGACAUGUGUCGCUGUCAAAAAAUUGACACUGACACAUGACAAUUGAUUGCGAGAAAACUAUGUUUAAUAUUAUAACUCUGUAAGAUUAAACAGUAAUUUAGCUCGAGGGAAAAAUCUUUCGUCUUAAUUAAGUUUAUCGAUCAAUUGUUUUCUUUGAAAGAUCUAAUCGCAAUACGAAAUAUAAUUCUUUAGGAUAUAUAUCGAAUAUACAUAACGUUCAUAUUUGUGACUUAAGACGUACGACGUAAUGAAAUAAUAAUUUAUUGAUUUCGGAAUUAGCCAAAGACCAUCCGAUCAAUGUCUUCUAAUAAAUUAUUACGAUGAAAAGAAAAUCUCGAACUGUGGACGCUUUUUUAGUGUUUACAUACUUAAAAUCAUAUUCAUAGUAUAUUUUUUCGCUUAUAUCAUCGCAAACCAAAUUUGUAGAUAAGCACAGCCUCGGUACUAAAAUGAUAGCUUAGUAGUAGCUCCCCCUAUCUGUGCAAGAUGUGAAACUCAAGCUGGAUUUUAAAAAACGAAUAAAUAAAUUGAUACAACAACGUACGGUACUAGGCGAUACUUGUAUUUUUUUUUUUUGACAUAUUUUGUCAACCAUAGAUCCAACCUUUAUGCUUAUAUUACAAUUAAUUUAAUCUUCAAUCAUAAGACGUAUAUAAUACUAGAUUAAUUUAUCUUAAUAAAUUGUGAUACAUAAGAAAUAGAAGACCCUUAUAUGUAUUUGUAAGAGUAAAUAAAUGAGACCAACAUUAUUACUAAACAGGGUUGGAUAAAUAAUUAAAAUGGCCGCACGUCGAUUAAAGGCCUCUAACACCGAUACCAACUCCAAUCGAAGGAGUUAAGAUAAACAAACCUUAUAUUUAAGUAUUCCAUGCGAUUUACUAAUAGACUUGCCAUAUACACUACAAACAGUUCCCGAUUGAUAUAUAUUUAUUUAUAAUAAAACACUUCGUCCGAUUGCAACUUCGCCGACAUUUAAAAUCAACCACAGAUUAUACAAGAUCUCGACCAAUGGUACCGCGUCAAUUAAAUGUCAAAGUAGUUUGUUUAUCUUUACUCCUCUUAACGUUGGAAUAUAUUAAUUAAAAUACAUUUUUAAUAGAUUGAGAGAUUAUUUAACAAUAAUUAAAAAUUAUCUGCAUAUCUAGCGGUCGGUUUCUAAACGACUUAUCGACGUUUAAACGACAGCGCAGGAACAUUUUCGAUUCCGAUUUCGUUUAUGCUGCGUGUUAAAUAUGUCAAUUUAAUGUGAGUCAGCCAGUUUAUUUACAGGCACUAGGAACGCGUCUUAGACGCUAAGAUUUAUAUAUUUACCCCUCCAAUUAAAUGUACAGCUUGUGCUAGGGAUGGGGCAAUAGCCUAAGAACCUCUGUCGUUAACAUCGCUAGGUUCGUAAACCAUUGCACUAUUGACGCUUUUGAAACGCCAAUGUUUAUGGAAAUGUCAAUGAUAAUAACUUGUCAGCCUGCCAUCCUGUUGCAGAUAAAAAAUAUAAUAAUACUGAUAAGAUUAAUUGGAGACUUGAAUUUUAAAGACUAAAUCCGACCCUGUAGCUAGAUUUUGUACGUUGAACUAAUUUUAAUUAUAAUUAAUAAUAAUAUCUUAACGCGGUAAGCAGACUGUUUAUACACGUCCUAUUUUUUUUAAUACCGUGAUUUGAAGAGCAUUGUGGUUGGAGCGUAAGAGCGGACCAUUUAAUUUUUUUUUAUUAUAUUUGAUGUGAGAAGAGGUCAUUUGGUCCCCAAUUAAGAAUUGUGAUUUUGAGGGCUAUGUUUAAUAUUCAAAGAUGGUCUGGUCCGUUUAAAAUAUCGAUAUUAUAGUUCAUUUAAAUAUAUAUUUUACAAAGCAAUAUAACAUGUAUAUCCUAUUCCAAUCGAAGGAGUAAAAAUAAACAAACCUUGCAUUUACAUAUUCCAUGCGAUUUCCAAAUAUCUCUGCUAUAUACACUACAAACAUUUCUCGAUAAAUAUAAUUUUCGCUUUAAUUCUACAAAAUUUCUGAUAAAAACUUCGUAGACAUUCAAAAUAUCAUUAUUUCCAUCCAUAAUGAACACCACAGAUUAUACAAUACCUCGACCAAUAAUAUCUCGUCGAUUCAAGGUCAAUGUUUGUGGUCAAUGUCUUUACUCUUUAUGUGGUUGGAAUAGCAGAUGUAUAUAUAUAUAUAUAUAUAUAUAUAUAUAUAUAUACCAACGAAGAAUUUUCGAAAAUUCUAUUUUGGUUUAUCACUUAUAAUAUAACUAAAAUAGAAUUUUCGUGUUUUGAUGUCGUAAAAAAUAUUUUUUAAUGAGCUGUAAUUUUUUAGUCUGUAUUUCUAAUAAUAUGAUUAUUAAUUUAAUACUUAAAUGCCAUACAUUUAAUUUAUUUUCUUAUGAUAGUAAAAAUAUUAUUUUACAUUCAAAAACUCUUUCGUUAGAAGUGCGUACUUAUAGUGAAAAUUGACUUAAUUUUUUUUUUUUUGCUUCUGUCAAUUUGACAAUUAGUAACUGGCCGAUGAGAGAAUUUGUUGUUGACAGUUCGAAUGUAAGAUGUUUGAAGUGACGAAAAAUUUACUAUAAAAUCAUUACUAUAGUAAAAUUGACUUACUAGCAAUUAAUAUAAUUAAAUAUAAAUUGUAAGCUUGCAAUACUUUUUUUUAAUUCGUUUUGUCGUUACCAAUUACGACAGACGUCACACUAAUAAUAAUCUUAUGAUAUACAAUUUUGAUGAGUGCAUUAUUGAAAUGUUAUUAUUAUAACGGUCAAUGUCGCAUAUCACCUCAUCUGAGGUUUUACGACUGUCUUCUGCGGUGUUUAGAGUUUGUUCUUACCGAAUAGCCCUAGGAACACAUUCUCUCAACGAUCGGACUUUAUGUAUAAAGGAGACCCAAUAUGUAUAUCUUUAUUCUUUUGUAAAUAAUAUGAUUUAAAAAUGGUGCUUUGUUGCUUUAAUUAUAAUUUAUUAUCAAUCCAAUUGUGAAAUUAUUAUUAUAUUAUUUAAUCUGCGUCAAUAAUUUUAUUAUAAUUUAAGUUUCGAAAGAUGUAACAUUAAUAUUGCAAAUUGUACUGAUAUUUUAAAUAUAUUUUAAAUACUUAA